AUGGAUGAUGAAAAUAUUAGCACCAUGGAGCAAUGGUUUGAUUCCACCUUUAUGAUUCUCAAUGAAUCCUAUCAACUUGAUUUACGUCGAGUUUUAUCACCAGAUACCUACGAAUUAAUUCAUGCAUUAAGUGAUUAUUACAUGUAUGAUAGUACUGGUCUAUUUCUUCAUUUACUUGGAAUAACCUCACAUUAUCUAACAUCAACAUCGUUUGUCUAUGCUGACAAUCAGCUUAAGCAUAAACUCAAUCUUCACGUACUGUUAAUUGUACGGGCAGGUUAUGAAAGGGUUGCACUUGUUGAACAUGUGAAACAAGCGAUGAAUAAUGUGCACAGCAUUCGGCAAACAGGUCAACAAUAUGAUCAUCGACAUACAUUUAAUUCAAAUAUAUUCUGUCGAUCGGAUGACACAGCCGUGUCGUCAGGCCUCUGCCUAUCAGAUAAAUUUGAUGAACAUGCAACUUAUUCGCAUAUUCAAAAACAAAACCCUUUUUCUACUAUUGGAACUAUAACUCGCCUACCUAAAGCACGAUUAUUUUGCCGACGACCAAAGUUAUUCGAUCCUAGUCGUUACCCAUCACUUGAACAAUGGAUCAUUGUGCUGAAUUGUCAUUGUUCGAACUUAGUCGAUUUCUAUUUCGACGAUCCACAAGCGAAUCAAUUCAUGUGUGAUUAUCUUGAUGCACUAGCAUUGAAAGCAACAUCUCUGGAAGAUAGUCAUCCAGGUAUGUCCGCAAGAUAUUUAUCUGCACGGGAACAAGUUUUACGUGCGUCUGCCUCGUUACGUAUUAUUGAAUUAGCUAUUGAAACUUUAAUCGUCUAUCGGCGAACAUUUCAUACUUUUGGUCAAGCAGAUAAAACAUUUUUCGACAAUUGUACGCACAUUAUCGAUCAAACAAGAAAUGGAACAACGAUCGCACGAGUCAGCAUUGGAGUGUCGACUGUUCAAUCUGCUAUCUAUCUUGUUAAUACAAGUAUCAAACAAUUUGAAACCAUGUUUGAACCAUCAUUAAGUACCGGAACACCAACUUCAGAACCAUCAACAUUAAUCAAUCAAGCAUCUAUGUCUGAUCGAUCAUGGAUCAUGCAUCCAUCAUCAACAACAACGUCAUCCUCGUCAUCAUUCCCACCGCGUUCUGUAUCUCCGGCAUCGAAACGUUUGAAAACGUUCGUUGAUCCAUCUUAUGUCAAAUCAUUGGAACUUGCUCAUGAAUUGCUGCUUUUACCAUAUGUAGCAUUCACACGAACAUCUGUUUAUGCUAAUUCUAAAUUAAAACGCAAUGCUGCUUAUCUUGAUUCAGUUAUCGAAGAAUUGAAAAAACAUCGAUUACUUAUCAUGGUUAGACAAGGUGUGCAAAUGGUUGACGGAACUAGACGACGUGUUGAUCUUCUGGUUAAAUGCGCCCCAAUGUUAAAGGAUGAUGAAAACAAUAAUACUAAUCAGAAUGAUACAAAUGACGAUGAACUCAACGAACGUUUGGGUCGUUUUGGUGUCGAAUACGAUCGUUAUAUUCAAACAUUAGGCACACUUGAUAUUGGAGAAAAAUAUCGUUUAUCCGAUCAAUGUUAUGAACUGUUAAAUUCAUCGGAUUAUAAACGGUAUUUAACCAUUGACCUUGAACGCAUUGCACCAUUACAUCGAUUGCAACAACAAUCGCAUUAUCACUCGUCACAACAAGUUCAUCCUCGGGAACCAGAACAACAUCAACAUUCUAUACAACAUGAAGAACCGUCUGAUCAAUGGACAUCGUCUUCAUCUUCAUCAAACAUCAAACUUGAACCUUCAGAUUUUUAUACGUAG